UGUCGGAAACAACACUGCUUAGGAAAAAUGAUGAAAUCAGCUUCUCUAAUCGUUCUCAUGGUGAUGGUGAUGUUGCUAGGCAUCACAUAUGCUAGCAAGUGUCCGAAUGGAAUGUCCGAAUACAAUGGCGCCUGUUAUGAGGUUCACGAGGGAUCAAGGUCGUUCCCGGAAGCUCUGAGGUACUGCACAGACAGGGGAUAUUACUUGGCCAACAUAAACGCAGAAAUAGAACUCGAUCAUAUUAAUACACUACUAGGGGGCCGACGGUUCAAACAUUUGGAAGGCUACUGGAUUGGUGGCUUUUGGAACGUUAAACGCAAUGUGUGGCAGUGGUAUCACGUUGACAACAACGGAAACGACGUCUACACUGACCUCACCCCUGACAACACGGACGCGUCAUGGUUCGCUCGCGGCGAGCCGACAGAAGGACGGGAUAACUUCAUGUUUCCGGAAAAUCGGCUCAUGCUUCGAGCAAAUGGAAAAAUUUCCUCUGAAACACUUAUGAACCAAGUCGGAUUCAUUUGUGAAACAAGUAGAAAGUAGAUUUGAUGUGAGGUAUUAGAUGUAUAGUUAUGGAGGGUGUAUCACCGCCUCCCCUCUUGAAGUCCGAAAUCCGCUGUCUUUUGAACUUGAAUUCAUAUUUAUUACAAAUAUUGAAUAAAACGUUCCAAAAUUG